UCUUCUCCAUUCCUCCGUGGUCACCAUGUCCGGACGCGGCAAAGGCGGGAAGGGCCUGGGCAAGGGCGGCGCCAAGCGCCACCGCAAGGUGCUGCGGGACAACAUCCAGGGCAUCACCAAGCCCGCCAUCCGGCGCCUGGCGCGGCGCGGCGGCGUCAAGCGCAUCUCCGGGCUCAUCUACGAGGAGACGCGCGGGGUGCUCAAGGUCUUCCUGGAGAACGUGAUCCGCGACGCCGUCACCUACACGGAGCACGCCAAGCGCAAGACGGUCACGGCCAUGGACGUGGUCUAUGCGCUCAAGCGCCAGGGGCGCCGGACGCCCACUUCAGCCCACCGACUCGGCUCCUCAGUCAUGGCUCGCACCAAGCAGACGGCGCGCAAGUCCACGGGCGGGAAGGCUCCCCGCAAGCAGCUGGCCACCAAGGCCGCCCGCAAGAGCGCGCCGGCCACGGGCGGCGUGAAGAAGCCGCACCGCUACCGGCCCGGCACCGUGGCCCUGCGCGAGAUCCGCCGCUACCAGAAGUCCACGGAGCUGCUGAUCCGCAAGCUGCCCUUCCAGCGCCUGGUGCGCGAGAUCGCGCAGGACUUCAAGACCGACCUGCGCUUCCAGAGCUCGGCCGUCAUGGCGCUGCAGGAGGCGUGCGAGGCCUACCUGGUGGGGCUGUUCGAGGACACCAACCUGUGCGCCAUCCACGCCAAGCGCCGUUCUUCCUUCACCAUGUCCGGACGCGGCAAAGGCGGGAAGGGCCUGGGCAAGGGCGGCGCCAAGCGCCACCGCAAGGUGCUGCGCGACAACAUCCAGGGCAUCACCAAGCCCGCCAUCCGGCGCCUGGCGCGGCGCGGCGGCGUCAAGCGCAUCUCCGGGCUCAUCUACGAGGAGACGCGCGGGGUGCUCAAGGUCUUCCUGGAGAACGUGAUCCGCGACGCCGUCACCUACACGGAGCACGCCAAGCGCAAGACGGUCACGGCCAUGGACGUGGUCUAUGCGCUCAAGCGCCAGGGCCGCACCCUCUACGGCUUCGGCGGCUGAGCCCGUCCCCCCGCUCCGUCUCCCCCCAAAGGCCCUUUUCAGGGCCGCCCACCUGGUCUCAUGAAGGGCUGUGAGCAACCACCGAGCCUCAAGGAAACACCAACAAAGCCGGGGUGGAGAGGCCGGAAAAUGCAAAAAUAACUGCAAAAGGACACCUAAUUGUCGCCUGAGUGCAUUCCUGAGGUCGCGAACCCUAGCAUGGCGUAGGUCAUUGCUCAUCUGGCUGCUUUAUUUCCAACAAACGCUCCUUAACGUGUUGUCAACCUACCGCCUUCCCAUCUGUAACCCUGAGUGCGUCCUUCAUUUUUCUAGGCAGAAGGAGCCUUUAGGUCGCCCCCUGCUCCCCCUCCCGCCUGCGACCUAAAUCCUACCCCUCAUUUGUGCCCCUUAACCCCACAGUGAAAACAGUGUUACGGGGACAGCGUCCGUCUGUGCCUGUUAUGUGUUAGGAUGGUUGCUCAUGGCGGCACCUUCCACAGACAGUAACGUGGCUGGACAUUAAGCAGCUGGUGAACCUAUUCCAACUACAGCGAUAUCCCAGGGUGAGGUGUUCAUGGUCUCUCCUGGCUCCUUCCCUUCCAUAUGUGUCUUUUCCCUUCCCUUCGGGGUUCUUUGGCUGAUCUAAUAAUUAGAUUCACAGAAUAACAGGAGAAAAACGGCUUUUAUUUUGUAAAACAAGAGCUCCAAAAAAUAUAAGACCCAAAGGCAGUUGAGGAUUGUCUGCAUCCUGAGCUGAGGAAGAGGAGGAGGGAGGGGCCUGGGGCUGCAAAGGGGUGGGGGGACUCACAGGGGAAAGAGCAGCUGUUUCCUUCUAAGGAGGCCCUGUCCUACACAAAGGUCAGCCAGGUCACAGUUAGCUCUGUUAGUAGCUGGGACAGGCCCACUAUCUAAAUUCUCUUUUUUUAUGGUUUUAUUUGUUUUGCUUGUUUUAAUUUUUUUACUGUUGAUAGUACUACGGAUAUCUCCCAUUUUCCUCCCAGCCCCUGCCCCCACCCCAGUGCCUUUACCAUCCUACUGCCUCUGUCUAAAUUCUUCUAGGCAUAGAAGUUUUUCCUGAGUCCCCUGGGUCUUUGCCUCGAGACCAAAAUAAUUCACAUGACAAGUAGCACAUUUUGGAGCAGCCUAUUCUGCUCCCCUUCAGUUUUAUUUUUAAUAUAUUUUUAUUGAUUUCAGAGAUGAAGAGAGAGAAACAUCAAUGAUGAGAGAGAAUCAUGGAUCUGCUGCCUCCUGCACGGCCCACACUGGGGAUCAAGCCUGCAACCCCGGGCGUGUGCCCUGACCGGGAAUCAAAUCAUGACCUCCUGGUUCAUAGGUGGACGCCCAACUUCUGAGCCACUCAGGUGGGGCCCCUUUGGUUUCAUGUCAGUUUAAUUCUCCGGCCCCCAGCCAAGGACCCUGGAGGGUCGAGGUAAAACCUGACUUUCCUGCAAAGGCCGCGGAACAUCUAAGAAAUUCCUCGCCACAACCACAGAAGGGAG